UCCUGAUGUCACGACCCAGCUGUUGGCUAUAGACUGUUUUUUCGGGUCGGGUGCUGCGCGUACGCGCCACUGCCAUGUUUUUUUUCCCUCCUCCUUCUGCGUGCAUUGAUAAAAUGUGCAUAACGAGGAAAUGGCAAGCCCCCGAUGACUCAUAAUACAUCAAUGGAUAUAAUUCUUUCUCUUUCAGUUGAUUGACUAAUUGAGCUAAUCCUGCUCACAGGUACAUUCCGGAAUACGUUUUGAUUUUUUUUUUCUGGAAGAGUGCACGGUUGUGAUAGAAAUACGCUCUCGCGUUUUGCUUUUUGGAAGGACUGAAGCCGCCAGCAGUCAGACGCAACAGCAAGAGGCUGAGGGAGGUGCUCUUCGCACACCUUACCUAGGGGCGUGAAGGGAAUGUCUUGGCCGACCGCUCCGCUGUAAAUGGGUCAGCUGUCCAAGACGAGAGAGAAGUCCAAUAUGGGGAUGGAUGAGAGGUCAUGCGUGUCAGUCAGCUGAGGCCUGCGGUGCAAGCCCCGCCCCCGCCUGGCCACAGGCAUGUACAGGAGGAAUGGGCUUAUGGCCAGUGUUACCGUCACCUCCGCCACUCCAGAGGGCAGCAGCAGCUCAGAGUCUCUGGACGGGCGGAGUGUGGACUACGCCAAAAGUUACGAUGCUGUCGUGUUUGACGUGCUGAAGGUGACGCCUGAGGAGUUCGCCAGCCAGAUUACAUUGAUGGAUGCCCCAGUAUUCAAAGCUAUACAGCCAGAGGAGCUGGCCAGCUGCGGGUGGAACAAGAAGGAGAAGCACAGCCUGGCGCCCAACGUGGUGGCCUUCACGCGCAGGUUCAACCAGGUCAGCUUCUGGGUGGUGAGGGAGAUCUUGACAGCUCAAACCCUGAAAAUCCGAGCAGAAAUAUUGAGUCAUUUCAUUAAGAUUGCAAAGAAACUGCUGGAGCUGAACAACCUCCACUCCCUGGUUUCUGUGGUCUCCGCCCUGCAGAGCGCCCCCAUCUUCAGACUGAGCAAGACCUGGGCGCUGAUCAGCCGGAAGGACAAGGCCACGUUUGAGAAGCUCGACUACCUGACCUCCAAGGAGGAGAACUACACACGUAUGAGGGAGCACAUCCGGUCGCUGAAGAUGGUCCCCUGUAUCCCCUACCUGGGGAUCUACCUGUUCGACAUGAUCUACAUCGACUCCGCCUACCCCGCCUCUGACAGCAUCAUCGAGACGGAGCAGAGGACCAAUCAGAUGAACAACCUCCUCCGGGUCAUCUCCGACCUGCAGGUGUCCUGCAUCUACGAUCACCUACUGAUGCUGCCACAUGUGCAGAAGUACUUGAUGUCGGUACGCUACAUCGAAGAACUUCAAAAGUUUGUGGAGGACGAUAACUACAAGUUGUCUCUGAAGAUUGAGCCAGGGAACAGCUCCCCGCGCCUGGUGUCCUCCAAGGAAGACCUCGCAGGACCUUCAGAGGUGGCGGCCUCGGUGAGGUAUAACCGCCGGCCCACCUGCCCGGACACCUCCGUGGGCGCCCACAUGCCCACCCCCCCUCCGUCCCGCCAUAGGAAGAGCCACAGCCUGGGCAACAACAUGAUGUGCCAGUUCAGCGUUGUGGAGAGCAAGAGUGCCACCUUCCCCACGGAGAAACCUCGCCACCUGCUGGACGACAGCUUCCUGGAGUCCCACAGUCCAGCACGCAACCACACACACAACUCCGUCUUCACCAACGGCAUGUCCCGAGGAAGCAGUGAAAGUUCGUUCAGUGAGGAGCUGUCGUCCGGGGUGGAGAGGGGCCGCAUGUAUGCCACCCUUGGCCCCAACUGGAGGCUUGCGGCUGGGAAUUCUCCUCGCAGCCGGAGCUAUAUUUGCAGCCCCUCUGGCGCCAGCUCCAGCUACGAGUGCAGCUCUAUGGGCAGCGUCACCAUGGAGGGCCCCCUUCGGAGGAAGACGCUGUUGAAGGAGGGCAGGAAGCCAACGCUGUCUUCCUGGACACGUUACUGGAUCGCCCUCUCUGGCUCCACCCUCAUCUACUUUGGGGCUAAAGCCCUGCGAGCCUCUGAAAGGAAGCAUUAUAAGUCAACUCCCUGUAAAAAGAUUACCAUCACCGGCUGGAUGGUGGUGCUGCCCGACGACCCCGAGCAUCCCAACAUCUUUCAGCUGAACGACCCCGACAAAGGUAAUGUUUACAAGUUUCAGACCGGAUCCAGGUUCUCUGCAAUAAUAUGGCACAAGCACCUGGAGGACGCCUGUAGGAGCAGUAGGCCCCAGAUACCAGCCAAUCUUAUGUCCUUUGAGUAGCCGUCGCUGACGUCUUGUGGACAUGAAGUGCCAACCCCCCCGGGAUGGGAGAUGUGAGCACAUGCGAAAUACAGGGGCCAAUCAGAGAACAACGCAGCAGUCUUACACCCCGUCACAGCGGCGGGCUGAGCGGGCGACACCCCCUGGGCGGGGCUUCAUGUGUGAAACUGUCAGAGCUCAUGGACUCAUGCCGCCGAAGGACACAGACACAGCGGUUCUUUUCUUG